GUCAGCCAAUAUUAGCCAUUAUUCCGUUCGCGGCAGCCAUCAUUGAUCUUGUUGAACAGAAAAAUGGCGAAAGUCAGAAUUGCCGCCGUCGUCACAUGUAUGCCGGUUAAAUUGCAAAAAACUGAUGUCAGUUACUUAAUGUUUACUCGUACUAUUCCAUAAGUUUAAGGAUCAGGCGAUCAUAAAAUAGCUGCACACGUUUUAUAGCAGUUCCCAGCGUAGCAUUCGAUGUCAGCGGUUCCUAGAAAAAGAUGGCUAAAUUCGAUUCAUCGAUCACAGAUGAGUAACACGUGUGGAAAAUACAAAAAUACCGAAUGAGAAGAGUUGGUGGCGUGGUCGAGAGAACUGUUUCCUUGUUCCGGCAACGCGGUGCUCCCAACCAAUGACUGAGUUCGUCGAAGGCUGGGUUGUCGCGCAGGUGCUUGGUGAAGGCGCCUAUGGAGAGGUUCGGCUGCUGGUACACGGCGCGUCGGGCGCGGCGGUGGCGGUGAAGGCGGCCCAGGGCUCGGGCGGCGCGCGGGAGGCAGCCCUGCAGCGCGCGCUGCGGCACCCCCACGUGCUGCGCUGUUUGGGCGAGCGCACGCAUCUGCAACAUCACUACGUGUUCCUAGAGUACGCGCAGGGCGGCGAGCUCUUCGACAGAAUCGAGCCCGACGUGGGCAUGGACAGCGACACUGCCCGGCGCUACUGGCGCGAGACGCUGAGCGGCCUGGAGUACCUGCACGCGCGCGGCGUGGCGCACCGCGACAUCAAGCCCGAGAACCUACUGCUCGACCACCACGACCGCGUCAAGAUCUCCGACUUUGGCCUGGCCACCGUGUUCCGGCACGGCGGCCGCGAGCGCAUGCUGUCCCGCGUGUGCGGCACCCCGCCCUACGCCGCGCCCGAGGUGCUGUCCGCCGCCCAGCGCCCCUACCGCGCCGCGCCCGCCGACCUGUGGUCCGCCGCCGUCGUGCUCGUCGCCAUGCUCGCCGGCGAAUUGCCGUGGGAGCGUGCGUCGCAUUCGGACGCGCGGUACGCGGCUUGGGUGGCGGGCGCGGCGGGCGCGGCGGACUCGGCGAAGGCGGGCGCGCCGUGGCACAAGCUGCCGCUGCGGUGCGCGUCGCUACUGCGUGCGGCACUGCACCCCGACCCCGCGCGGCGCCCCGCUCUGGCCGACGUGCUCGCGCACCCCUGGACCAGGGACCGCACCUCAGGACCUUUGAGGGAGGAACCUCGCGCGUGGUGCUCGCAGCCGUCCUGCGGCCCGGGGCCCGCCUCGCCCGACGAGCUGUCGCAGGACGACAUGGAGGCGCUGCUGUGGCACUCGCAGCCCGCGCACGCCGACGAGCUCGUGGUGGAGGCGGCCGUGUCGCAGCGGCUGGUGCGGCGCCGGACGCGCGUGUGGCUGCGCUGCGGCGCGCGCGAGGCGCUGGCGGCGCUGGAGGAGGCGGCGCGGGCGGCGGGGCUGGCGCUGCGCGUGCGCGCGUGGGCCGCGCCGCUGCCGCCGGGCCACGAGGCGCGCGCCGUGCUGGAGUUCCGCCGCUCGCGAGGAUGCGGGCUGCAGUUCAAGCGCUGCUUCCUGCGGCUCCGCGCGGCGCUGCAGCCGCUGGCCGCGCCCGCGCCCGCGCUGGGGCCCGCGCUGCCGCUCGCCGAGCCCAUGCUGCAGGACGCGGCCCCGGGGCCCGCAGAUUGA